CAAUGAGCGAGCGCGACAAUCUCAUGCACUUCCGCCCCGAAUUUGACGCUGGUACAUCGUGUAACCUUUAAGAAGUCCUUCAGCGUUGAAUAGACGUUGAUGUUUGUGGUUGUGUUGUGUCUCCUCUGAAAACGUCCAUGAUGGUAAUGGAUGUAUCCGGGUGCCCUAGUGUUCCCGGAACAGACGAGAUGGAGGGACUCUCGGCGGCGUCUGGUGACAGUCUCUCUCAAGAUCAGAAGGAUAUGCUGGAACGAUGUCUUCAUGCGCUUUCCCAUGCCAAGAAUGACAGCCAGACAUUAGCUGCCCUUCUCCUGAUCACACGUGUGUGUCCAGCAAGUCAAUUAGACCGUGUGACACUGCGACGUGUAUUUGAGGCAGUGGGCCUGAACCUGCCUGCCCGUCUCCUGGUGACGGCCGUAAGAGGGGACACUAGCUCUGGUCUGCCUGCUCAGGAGCUACUCUCUUUAGGCUCGGCUCUGCUGGCUGCCUUGAGCACCGACCCUGACAUGGCACAGCACCAACAGAUGCUCGGCACCUUGCCUAUGCUCCUCGGGCUGCUCUCAGAUGGUCCUGCCUGGACGCCGCAAAAACAGCGCACCCCCCAAACCAGCCAGCAGAAAGAGACUGGGGCGUCUCCAAGCAAGUCCAAUGGUGACCACAGUGCGCAAUCAUCUCAGCCCUCCCCACCAGAAGUUGCUGGAGAAGAAUCUGGCGGUCAGACAUCCCCUAGCUCAGCGGUUGUGCUCAACGAGGCGCUGGCUUCAGACUGCUACCAAGUUCUAGAGGCAGUGUUGGUGGUAUCGGGAGGACCAGAGAGGCUGUUGACCCGUGGGGCAAUACCAGCGCUGUGCCGAGCCAUUGGACAGAGCCAAACCCUGAGCGGCCAGAGAGGCCGUCCCUUGCUUGGACUUCUGCUCUCACAGCUUGGCCUGCAGGCCUGGGAGAGGCACUCGGCCCAGCUGAGAGCGGUGCUGGAAAGGUUGAGCCGUGAAUUUUGCCAGGCCAAAGAGCAUCAGCGGCUGGAGCUGUGUGCAGAGCUGGUGCAGUUCUUGCCACCACAGGAAGGGUUGCUGGAGAGGGGGGCGCUAAAGAGGCUGGCCGUAGAGCUCUGGGCUGCCGUGAGGCCACUGGUUCAGUCCAAGCUGAGCACUCGCCAGCUGGGUCCGGUGCUAGCGCUCUCGGCCUGCCUGCUGGACCUGUGUGGCUGGGACUGCGUCGGGCCUCCCCGGUUCUGCUGUCUGCUGGUGAAUCGGGCCUGUGUUGAGGUGCGGAUGGGUCUGGAGGAGCCACCCGGAACAGACAUGUCCCUGGACCUCCAGCACUGGCUCACUGCGUGCUACCGCGUCAUGGAGGCAGCAAUGGAGCAGGCCUGCAGCCAGGGACUUGACGACAACUCUGUCCAGCCACAGACUUCUCUCCCUGGGCUUAGCCUGCAGCAGAGCAGGCAGGUACUGGGCAUUCUUGAGGAAGCCUUUUCUGCUGUCAUCUUCUACCUAAAACAGGUCGAGCAGAGUCGCCAUGGUGACCCCUUCGUCUUUGCCACCUUUCGCUGUCUGUGUGCCUGGCUGGCAGAAGAGACGUCCUGUCUGAAAGAGGAAGUGACCUCACUGCUGCCUUUCCUGAUUGGAUACUCCAGAGAUCACCUGCAGGGAGGCGGUGAUUUGAGGGACCUGUCUAGCUGGAUGGCAGAUAUGUCAAUGGGCCCAGGGUCACGAAAAAACAAGUGGACAGGAGAACAUGCUCUCAGAUAUCUGCUUCCUGCACUGUGCCACCUGACCGCUGAGGAGGGCCCUCGGCAGGUGCUGCUGUCUCUGGAUUUGCUCUCUCUGCUGAUUGGCCUCCUCCAGAGGGGAUGGGAGGGGCUGCAGAAGCAGGAAGUCAAGGCCCAAAGACGAGACCCUGCCCUGGAGACGGCCUGCUCCGCUCUACUCAACAUUGCUGUCACAGAGCCGGACAAAGUCAGGAAAGACCCUUCAUUCUCAGAGCUACAGAAGCUUUUAGAUGAUGCACUUCCUCUUCUCUUGCAUAAGCCACGCCUCCUCGUGCUCGCAGCCAAUUUCUGUACACUUGGGCUCAUGUUGGGUAGAACAAAAGUCACGCCCUCUGACCUGACUGAUCCUGGUGAACGGCGAUUCUUCAGUGCGGCACUGCGGUUCCUACUUGGUGCUCUGGGUUCUGCGCAUGGUUCUCCACCUGGUUCUGUGGCUGCUGCAUGGGAAGAGGGAUGGGAUGAGGUCGGGGAGCUGUGGAGCCUCAGUCUGCAGGCCCUGGGCGCUUGCUUUAGGGGUCGCCCAGGACUCAUGGCACUGGUCAGGGAACAGAGCUGGCUGGCCAACAUCCUAUCCACACUCAGCAUUAGAGGAAGCCUGACUGAUGCACCGACACUGGAAGCCCUGCAGGAGGCGCUGUGUGCUCUGGCUCAGAUGUGUCCUGCCUGCAGGGACGAGAUCAGAGAGGAGCUGAGGGGGGGACAGGCCAGCUGUCUGAAGGACAUGAAACAGCUCAGACGCGCAGUAUCUCAGUGAACACUCACAUGAAUAGAGGCAUCAUGCAUCAUGUUUGCCACACACACGUACACAGAAAAAAGGGAUGCAAAGGACACAAACCAGCCAGACAUACAAGCACAAACUCAUCCUGGCUAAACAUAUACUGAAAUGCAGAGUCAGUGAUUGAACUGCUACUACAGAGACUGACUAAAUCUCUUUUAUAGAUUGUUUUGUAUUUCAUCUGAACAAAAUAAAUAGUGUUUGUAUUGUAAUCGUA